UCUGUGGACGCCAACAGACCACAGGUAGGACGUCGGACUCCGCGAUGUUGGCGUCAGGGGAGAACGCGUCGCACAGCGCCUUCGUGUUCCGUGGCUUCCCGGGCCUGCACGAGCACCGGUGGGUGGUGGCGCCGCCGCUGGCCGCCGCCUACGCGUUGGCGCUGCUGAGCAACGCGCUCCUGGUGUACGUGAUCUGCAGCGUGCAGCGCCUGCACAGCCCGAUGUACGCGCUGAUCUGCAUGCUGUGCGCGGUGGACCUGGCGGCGGUCAGCGCCAUCGCUCCCAGCACGCUGCUGGGCCUGCUGCUGGACUGGAACGGCGUCUCGCUGGCCGGCUGCUUGGCGCAAAUGUUCGCCACCCACUUCCUGUCGUCGGUGGAGUCCACCUUGCUGCUGGCCAUGUCGCUGGACCGCUACGUCGCCAUCUGCCAGCCGCUGCGCUACCACGAGCUGGCCAACUCCUCGGCGUUCGUCAAGCUGCUGCUCUUCACGCUGGUGCGCAGCGGCGCCGUCAUGGCGACGCUGGUGGGCCUGGCGGCGUCGCUGGACUUCUGCGCCUCCAACGUCAUCCUGCACUGCUACUGCGACCACAUGGCGCUGGUCAGCCUGGCCUGCGGCGACACGCGGCGCAGCCGAGCGGCAGGCCUGGCCGUCAUCGCCUGCUUCGUGGGCGUGGACAUCCCGCUCAUCUUCUUCUCCUACAUGAAGAUUCUGAGCGUGGUGUUGCGGGCGGCGGCCGGCGAGGACCGCUGGAAGGCCUUUCACAAGUGCGGCACGCACCUGAUGGUCAUGAUGUGCUUCUACCUGGUGGGCAGCGUCACCUUCCUGUCGCACAACCUCAACAUCGACAUCCCCACCGACGCCAACACCGCCAUGGGCCUCGUCUACAUCGUCUUCCCCGCCGCCGCCAACCCUGUCAUCUACGGCGUCCGCACCGCCGAAAUCAGGAACGGCUUCUACCGCCUCUUUCGACUCCGAGACGCCAAGGUCUCGCCCGUGACAAGCGUGAAGACCACCAAACUGGACGACUUCCGAUAAAAAUACUUUUUAUUUCAUUAGAAAUCCACGCGCUUGCUCCUAUGAAAGCAUCAAGUGGUGUUUGUGUUCAAACCCAAGAGUA